UUAACCAUAUUUACCUUGCAUGUAGCACACUCUUCUUUACCUUUCUCUCUCUUCAUAGUUUUGAACUUGAAAAACUCCUUUAAUCUUCACUCUUUGAUCUCCCCUUCACUCUUUCUCACACACACACACAAAAACACCCAAGAAAACACACAGUGAAACUUCAUGGAAGUAGAAAUGGAUGUUUCAAGCCUCCACCAUCAUCAUCACCAACAGGAUAUAUCUUCACAAACACUAGAGAGCAUGUUGGUGUGCACAAAAGCCCAACAAGACAAAAAACCAAGACCACCAGAAGAAGCUUUAAAAUGUCCUAGAUGUGAUUCAAGCAACACCAAAUUCUGCUACUACAACAACUACAGCCUCACACAGCCAAGAUACUUUUGCAAAUCAUGUCGAAGGUACUGGACGAAAGGCGGAACUCUAAGAAAUGUUCCGGUGGGGGGCGGGUGUAGGAAGAAUAAAAGGCCCUCUUCGUCAUCAUCCGCGACAUCAUCGAAUUCAUCGGCAUGCUCUGGACUAUCAAAGAGACCUCAAGAACACCACCUUAUCCCACAACAUCAUCAUCCACUUAAUAUUAUGACAUCUAGUUCUAACAAUCACCUGCUUUCAGGUCUACCACACUUACCAUAUGACUCAACUUGCACUGAUCUCUCACUUGCUUUUGCUAGGCUCCAAAGCCAAGCAAAUGGGCCCAUGGGGUUUGACCACAAUGACCACCAUUUGGGUAGCAAUGGGGACCAACACCAACACCAACUAGGUUUUCUUGAUGCGGUUAGGGGCGGGUUUCUCGAGAACAAUAACGCGCUUAACGGGUUCCACAAUGUGUUAUACAAUGGGGGUAAUCUUGGAAAUGGGGACAUGGGAAGUUUAAUGGGAUUAAACAAUGUUGGUACUAAUCAUGAUCAAGACCAACAACAUGUUAUGAACCCAAUGUUUCAUGAUCAUCAAGAUCAAGAAAUCACUUGUGGUGCAGCCACAACAGCAGUGACAAUGACAACAGUGAAGCAAGAAGCAUGCAACAUGAUGAGAUCAAGUGAAAAUCACAUUGGAGAUAGUAGACCAGGAGGAGGGGUAUUAUGGGGAUUUCCAUGGCAGAUGGGUGCAGGUGGUGGAGAUCAAACAAACAUGGUUCAUGAGGUUGAGUCAGGGAGGUCAAUGAUUGGAGGAUGGAAUGGGAUUGGUUCAACAAAUUGGCAUGGACUCAUAAAUAGUCCUCUUAUGUAGUUGAAGUAGAACUAUAUAUCAUAUGUUGUUGUUGUUGUUUAAUUAAUGUUAGUUGGUCAGGAGAAUUUUACUUUUAAAAUAUUUUGUUUGGAUGAGGGAAGGAUAGAUCAUAGAUUUAUGUACUUGCUUGCUUUUAACUAAAUUUGUUUGUUUGUUUGUUUAUGUAUGACAGUCUUAGAAUUA